CAGUAUAUUUUCCUUGUGUGGCCCCGAGUGUUCGACCGCACGCCAGCUUGCCUAACUAGCUCUCGACACCGAUGUGAGCAACAUGGCAUUUAAGACGUGCACAAGUUUUAUAUUUAUAACACUAUUUUACAAAGUAUCUGAGAGUAAACAUUUCCGGUUUGAUUACAAUUUUCACGAGGAAGCCGGGGGAUGGUUGAAGCUUCAUCGCAUACCAGCGACAUGGCACGAUGCUUGGCUUCGGUGUCACCUUGAAGGUGCAAUGUUGGCUUCUCCGAUUAAUAUAUUCGUAGAGACUGCCAUUAGGAAUGAGAUGGUAAAAAAUCGCGUCACAUGGAAUGGAAUUUUCUCCGGAUUUCAUGCAACUUUCUCUAAAGGAGAUUUCUUCUCCGUCGAUGGUGUGCCGUUAAACAGAGUCUCAAUAGAAUGGAUGCCAACAGAACCUGAUAAUAAAAAUAAUGACGAGGACUGUAUUCUAUUUGCUGUUAAUGGAACGAUAGCUGACAUCAACUGCAAUGAAGUCCAUCCUUAUAUGUGCUAUAAGAAGAUAUCUAAAAAUAUGAUUGUUAAUGGUUGUGGUACUGUCGAUAAAGAAUACUCUCUAGACCCGAAUACAGGAAGUUGUUACAAAUUUCAUCGCAUCGCGAGAAACUGGACGCGGGCCUUUAUGACGUGUGCAGCCGAGGGGGGUCAUCUCGCUGUCAUCAACAGUGAGACCGAAGCUAAUGUGUUGAGAGAGAUAUUUGCUAAGCAUCCUCAAAAUUCAAUACGCUCAAACCUGCCGGGUAUCAUGCGUGAAUUAAUACAUGUCGGCUUUCACGAUUGGAACGAAAGAGGCAUAUGGACCACGAUACACGGAACUUCCCUCAUGGAGGCUGGCUUCGAUCUUUGGGCGGAAAAUCAACCAGACAAUGCAUCCCCUGGCGAAUACUGUGGGGGUAUGUUCCGAAACGGUCGCUUAGACGAUGUCUGGUGCCACGAAAGAGGGCCAUUCAUCUGUGAAAAAUCACCAGAAAGUUUACUAGCUGACGUUGAUGAUUUAGAUUAAUUAGGAAAAUAUGUUCAAAAUGUCUAUUAGUAAUAUCAAAAUGUAAUUUAAAAUUAUACUUGUUCAUUGUAAGUUACUCGGACGUCCGUUACAAUUCGCUCAUUCACUAAUCGCAAAAUCGUAUAUAUUUAUUCCUACUUUAUAGUAACUGACAGUUAAACGUCAGUCAUUUGAAGGUCAUCCGUUGUUCGGAAAAUAAUUGUUAAAAUAGUCUAGUUAAAGUAGAAGAUUAUCAUAAAUUUUAAAUGUGAAUUAUAAAUCUGAUACUAUGGGUGAUUUUUUUAACGUAUAACAUGAAUCGUCGGAAAUUCUCGAACGACGA